AACCACUCAUGUCAUCCCUGCCCCCGCCCGGUGUCGUCGCUUACGCCGCGGCCGACGACGACUGCCCGCCGCCGGUGCGGACAGCCAAUGCCCGACUGGAGGACGCCGUGGCGGCGCUCCGCGAGACGCCGUCCAUCACCAGGCUCAUCCUGCGUGGAAAUGCGCUCGGCCCGGCAGGCGGUGGCGCGCUGGCCGAGGCGCUGCGCGGAAACACGGCGCUCACCGAGCUCAAUCUCGGCAACUGCGAGCUCGGUGCCUGGGGCUGCGCCGCGCUGGCGUCGGCCGUCGCUGCUGCGCCGCGGCUUAAGCUGCUAGACCUGCGGUCAAACGGGGCAGGAACUGACGACUCGGUUCCGCAGGGCGCCGACGAGCCGCCGGCAAGCCAGCUCGAUCCCGAAGCAUGGAUCGCGCCCUUUACCGCCGACUCGCCUGCGCUGCACUCUCUGGAUCUGCGGUCAAACGCGCUCGGAACCCGCGCAGGCGUCGCCCUUGCUUCGGGCCUGUGCCUUGCCUCCACUGCCGGAGCAAGCGCGCUGACCUCGCUCAAUCUGCGAAACAACAACAUGGGUCAGGCUGUCGGUGCCGCUCUCGCCGACGCGCUCGCCGUCAACACCACCCUCACCGAGCUGAUUGUAGCCAACAACGCGAUCGGCGGCGAGGGCGCCGCGGCGCUCGCCCGCGUGCUAGGUGACCCAGCCUCUCUGGUCCCACUUCGCCACCUCAAUUUGGCGUACAACAACAUCGGCGCCAUCGGCGCCAUCGCCUUUGCCAACCUUCUCGCCCUCCGCCUCACUGGGUCGGGAGCUCAGAGCGAUGCCGCCAAUGCCGACGACGACGCCGACGCCGACGCCGCCGCCGACGCGCCCGACACCCCGCCGGUCUUCUCGCUCACUUCGCUCAACCUCGUCGGCAACGGCAUUCCGUUUAUCAACGUCAACCGCACGUCCAUUCCGCCGCUGCACUCGGACUGCCGGCCCAGCUCGGUGGCGGCGCCGAGCUCGUCAACGCCGGUCAUUCCUGCUGUUGCUUUGUCGCCACCGCCGACGCCGUGGACGGCCUCGCCGUUGAUCUCGCUGCUGCAGCAUGCUGCGGUGCAGCAGUGA